AUGAAGGAAACCUUGAGGACGCUUGACCCACCAGUGGACGCCGUCCCACGACAAAGGCCAAUUGCAGGUCAGCCUAUCGCCUCUCGCACCAGAUCGAAGCUUUCUUCAACUCGAGCACGAAAACUCUGGGUCGACUAUUGCCUAAACCUCAAAGCCAUCAACCCAUCGCCAAUCGACGGCUCGGGCAUCUACUCUGCAGUCUCUUGCAAUCCGUCUCAAGCGUCUCGCACUCGGCAUAGAGACCAACUUUCAAAGCGCACCCGACGGUUCAGAUACGCUGACGACUUGGCACGCCAAAUACACUGGCCGACAAAACGACUGGAUUGCCACGGCUGCUUCCACACGCUCGGGCUUUUACAAGCGUCGUAUUGGCACAAGUUGAGCCCUCAAGUCGAGGUUGCGGCCGACUUGCAGCUCAUUGCGACGCCCAUGAAGAGAGACGCCGUGGCGACGGUGGGAGCCAAGUGGGAUCUACGAUUGAGCUCGUUCAAGGCUCAGUUGGACUCGACAGGUAAACUCUCGGCGCUAUUGGAGCAGCGGCUUGCUCCCAACUUUGCGCUCCUCUUUACAGGAGAGAUUGACCAUUUCAAGAAUACGGCAAAGGUCGGGAUGGGCAUUAUGCUCGAGGCCAAUGCGGCUCCCUACGACGAGGAGAUGAUGGCAUCGCUACCACCACAACUAUAG